AUGGAGAGUCGCCCCAGCUUGAACCUGAUUGACAACACAUCCCCGAACCGUCAACUCUCUGACGAUGAGGGCCUUUCGGACGUCACCACAUCGGAUGAUCUGUCAAGAAACACGUCCAGGAGAUGGAGAAAACCCUCAGUGCGGCGUGAGCUGACCAAGCGCAAAUAUAAAAAGUGGCAGCCACAGAGGUUGGGAAUCACAGACGACGAUGCAGACAGACGCCCUUCGGACGCCAGACUGUCACUAACAGCUACAUAUACAAAUACUGAAGGCGAAAGCCUUAUCGAUACUUCGACUUUGCCAACUACCGAACAGCGUGAUUUCGGGGCCGCAGAGCAAGAAACUGACGGCCCUGAAUCAGUGACCAGCCAUGGUGUCCGUGGCCUCAAACCUGGUACCGAGCUAGACAUUCUUUACGAGAACCAGCGGGGCUGGUUCUUCUUUGGCAUCCCUCUUUAUUCUCAUGGCUCUCUUCUCAACUUCGAUCCAGCUGCCUGGGUCACCUACGACUUUCGAGAUAGUCCGGUCAAUAUCACGAAUGCGCAGGUGCCGGAUCCGAGCUGGGAGUGGGCUUGGAAGACAUGGUACGUGGACAUGUCUGGCGAUGUGGAUGAUCAAGGCUGGCAGUACUCUUUCUCCUUUAGCUCGUCGGCCUGGCAUGGAUCCCACCCUUGGUUUCAUUCGUUUGUUCGCCGGAGGCGAUGGGUCAGAUUACGAAUUAAGAAGGCCUCGGAAAGAAGCCGCCGCGGCCGGUCAGGCUUUGAGAUGGCUCAUAUGCUCAACGAAGACUACUUUACUAUUCAUACCGCCAAGAAGAGGAGAGCAGCAAGUGCAGGGCGGGGAUCCCAAGGGCCAUCCACCCAUUUGAGUCGAGUGACGACAAAUGUGGACGAAGAAGGUCCUCUAGAAGAAAUCGGAAAUAUCCCAACCCUCAUGAAUGCCCUGAAAAAUGCAAAGAUAGACCGUGAGAAGUUCGAUAUCCUCAGAAGGUUUGUGGCGGAGGGAGGUCAAGAGUUGUAUUAUUUAGAUGGCAAGAUGCAAGAUAUAAUGGCACUGUUUGUCUUCCAAGCCUCGCGCUGGCAACUUGUGACCUACAUGACUGGCAUCAUCGAGGAGUUGUCUGGGAAGGAGCCCGAGUCUAGUGGCAUGGAUGCGGAGGAAACCCGACGGCAAAAAUACUAUCUCUUAAAUGCUGUAACCACAGCAAAGUGUUACCUCACUGGGCCAGAGAUCCUCGCUUCUGAAGGACGGGUGCCUGCUCGGGAAAUGUCAGAGAUGUUGGAUUUGACUCCGGAAGCGAGGAGGGAAAGUCUUUUGUCUAGGUCCUCGGGGAAAUUCUCCCACAAACCAGUAGACAACGGUGGAGAUAUUAAAGGUAUUCCUCAGGCGGCGGAGAUUGGGCGUGAAGGGCAUAUUUAUCGGUAUUCGUCUUGA